GUGAAAGCGGAGGACUGAUGUGUGUCAGGGGUGCAGGAAUCUGUCGGUUACAUUUGUGUUUCGCGGUGGGUUUCUGGUUGAGAAAAUGGACACGUUAAACAAGCUGAAGCAGUUUGACGCAUAUCCCAAAACUCUGGAGGAUUUCCGAGUGAAGACGUGGGGAGGAGCGACCGUGACCAUCAUCAGCGGUGUCAUCAUGUUAAUCCUGUUUGUCUCUGAGCUGCAGUACUAUCUCACUAAAGAGGUUCACCCUGAGCUGUACGUCGACACGUCUCGAGGGGACAAACUGAAAAUCAACAUCGACGUCAUUUUCCCUCACAUGCCCUGCGCCUAUCUUAGUAUAGACGCGAUGGACGUGGCUGGUGAGCAGCAGCUGGAUGUUGAGCACAAUCUGUUCAAACAGCGGCUGGACAAAGACCUGAAACCCGUCACGGCCGAGGCAGAAAAACACGAGCUUGGUAUGGCAGAUGAUGGCGAAGUGUUUGACCCCAGUUCACUGGACCCAAACAGAUGUGAGAGCUGCUACGGAGCUGAGACUGAAGACCUUAAGUGCUGUAACACCUGCGAUGACGUGCGGGAGGCGUACCGGCGGCGAGGCUGGGCGUUUAAGAGCGCCGACACCAUCGAGCAGUGUAAGAGGGAGGGCUUCACACAGAGGAUGCAGGAGCAGAAGAACGAGGGCUGUCAGGUGUACGGCUUCCUGGAGGUCAACAAGGUGGCAGGAAAUUUCCACUUUGCUCCUGGUAAAAGUUUCCAGCAGUCUCAUGUCCACGUGCACGCUGUGGAAAUUCACGACCUGCAGAGUUUCGGCUUGGACAACAUAAACAUGACCCAUCUGAUCAAACACCUGUCGUUUGGUAAAGAUUACCCCGGCAUCGUUAACCCUCUGGACGAGACAGAUGUCACAGCGCCACAAGCAUCAAUGAUGUACCAGUAUUUUGUGAAAAUUGUUCCGACCAUCUACGUGAAAACUGAUGGAGAGGUGGUAAAAACAAACCAGUUCUCAGUCACCAGACACGAGAAAGUGGCCAACGGGUUAAUAGGAGACCAGGGCCUGCCGGGCGUGUUUGUCUUAUAUGAGCUGUCACCCAUGAUGGUUAAAUUCACAGAGAAACACAGAUCAUUCACACACUUCUUAACAGGAGUUUGUGCCAUUAUUGGAGGUGUAUUUACAGUGGCCGGUCUGAUCGACUCGCUCAUCUACCACUCGGCCCGGGUCAUCCAGAAGAAGAUAGAGCUGGGCAAGGCCUCCUAACAGCGCCCCCUGCUGGCCUCCACGGUGCAACACAGAUCAAGACACGGACACAGAGAGAAGAGGGACAGACUGACAGAGGGAGAAGGUUGGAAACAGAAUCAAGUAGUUUUCCUUCAGUCUUUCUGUCUGCUGUCAGAUUGAGUGAGAGAAACACAGAGAGAGACAGAGACAUUUGAAAUCAGCCAAGUUUUUAAUUCCUCUGUCUCUCUUUUCGUUCCGGAAAAAACACUGGAGAGGAACUCGAGGGCCUUUUUGAAUUUUGCUCUCCGCUGUUAAAUUCGAUGCCAACAGGACAGAGUCGGAGUCAGACACCGACGGGAGACUUGUGUGAUUGAACUUGAGCAGAGAGGAUGACGCCUCGUCUGUUCACAGAAGCGUCUUUAUGGAAAAAGGGAGCUUCCUACCCUCCCUCCUGUUUACAUCCUGCUUCAGCGCCGCUUCACGCUCACAUCACUACACUGAAGUCAGCUGGACCAUCUGUGGUGGAGCCUUUGCUCCAGAGGGGUGAGGAUGAGAGGGCAUGGAGACUUUUAAAGGAACACGUCACCCCAGAUUUUCUGUUUUCUAAUCAGUUACUCCCCGAAAUGUUUGACGAAGAAAGGUUUGUGCUCACAUCUCUUUAAACAGAAUCAAGGAAUGUCCACAAGAUGAUGUUUUCUAGUGAGUACAAGAAAGUGAUUUUGGGAUCUCAAUGUAACAAAUUUUUUGAGUAUAGAAAAUUAUUGUUUCGGUUGUGAGUUUUAAGCAUAAGUUUGGUGAUAUUUCCACUUUUCUUUUUGUCAACAAAUCCAACAAAAACUAUUAAAACCACAUCAGUGAGCCGCUGGGUGACAUGUUCCUUCAUUCAUCCUGAGCACACACACUCUAGUUUAUUGUGACUCGAUCCCACAUUCACCGUCCUGCUACCACAGACACUCACUAGAGCACCAAAUGUGGAUUAAUCGGCCGCUGAAAAUAGUCCCCAACAUUGGGAGUAUUUAUUCCUGUUUGAGAGACCAUGCUUAAGACUACAGUGCCCAGCUAUUAAAGAUCAGUCUUCAGAAGGAGCCAUUGGGUUUGGGGCUUGGAGAGCCACAGACAUGUUAUGUCAGGAAGCAGUGAGAAACACACUAACACGUGGUUGGUUUUUCAUGGGAUUUGUUGACAAUAAGAAAAAUACACAAUUUGGCCUCCCUAACCUGCCUGCCUUCUCCAGUCAGGGCCAGCACACAUGCCAUGUCUUCAACUGCCUAGAAAACACGAAGUUGGUGCUGGGUUGUGCCUACACUGUGCCAGCUGAGGCAGGCUGCACUUGACGUUUCGUUUGACCAUCUCAUAGCCCACUUACCUGAAAUCCUGAGUGCAGAGCUGAUCUUCUUCCAGGCGUCGCUUUGCUUUGUGUAUUAGGCCUAAAGUGUUGUACGUGGGACAGAUGUAAAGCUCUGGGUAGCCCCGCACUAAAAUGAUGAGCUUCUUCUCCAUGGUUACCAUCGACUGAUAUUAAUGAUAGAAAGGAAAGAUAUCUGCCAGCUGUGACUGGUUGUUUCUUGCAUUCUUUAAGUCUGUUUUAAGACAAGUCAAGAAUUUAAUGUUAAAGUGUUUUAAAUACAGUAAUUUUAAUCUAAAUUCCAAUCAGGUAAAAAUGUUCAAAACCAAACAGGAUCUCUGAAGACUAUAAGUAUGUUAGUUUGAUAAACAAGUGGCUUGAUAUCAUGUUUCUGCGAGUCUUUAAUGAACUUACACGAAACUUUGUCCACUGGUUGAAGCUCAGUUUUCUAUGAAUGUGAGGAAGGGAUCAUCUUGAACUCUAACAUGUGAAUAGUUAAUACGAAACUCUUUGGGUGAUGUGUUCCUUUAAGACUUCCCAACAGAAGAAUACUUAAAAAAAGAUUUCUGUCUCACUUAAAUUAAAACCACUAUGUGUACAAUUUUAUAAGUUUGUUAAAAAGGAUCCCGAUGAAAGAUGCUGCUCAUCUCCAUGUACAUGUGAUCUCCAUGUGAUCUGUGAGUGGAUGUACAGGUUAGUCUAUCCCGAUCAUCAGACUCAGUUUUGUUCUCUUCUGUCUGACUUUGCGUCCCUGUCUGAUCACAACCAUUGAUGAUACGAGUGCAGCUGGAAACACAAACUUUAGAAUAAAAACACAGACACUCAGAGCCGUGUCACGGGUUGCUCUGGCUGAGUAGCGCCCCUUUAAACGCCCCUGUGUCCAACUAGGUGAUUAUCAAACUUGACUUCAGGAUGGUGUUUGACCUGCAGAGCAGCGGGGAGGUUUUUUCUCCCAGCAGCAGCUGAUUGUUGCUGAUUGGGUCAUUAGUCUGAACUCUUCCCAGCCUGUAAAAUCUCAGAAGAACAUGACGAAACGCUGCUCUGCUUUAUUACUGCAAAGCGAACAUAGUGUCCGAUCAGUCAAUCAGUAACUUGCUGAACUGAAUCAGAGAGACGAAACAAAGACAGAGAGAAUGUAUAAUCUCCUCUGAUGUAAGCUGAGGCGUUUAUUUUGGAGGAUUCUGGAGUCAUACGUGUUCAAAUCUUACACAUAGUGGCUUUUAAAAAACUUGAUUUCAGACUGAAUUAAUGACAGAAUGACUUGACAUAAUCACAAGUUGGCAAGGAAGGUUUUCAGUGUGAUAUUUAAGAAGCCAAACAGUCCAUUUUGUUUUGUGUUUAAGUGGCAGUUGAGGCUAAACCAAUGAGCCACAGCCAAAAUUUGCAGCACGUGGUUCAGUGUCUUUUGUCCCCCAGCGUUGACUUCAGCUUGCUGGGUUGAACUCAGAAUAUGAAGAUGAGUCUCGACCACAAAAAUCACUGUAGCUUCAAGUGAUUUCAGUAAUUUUCAGACUGCGCUCUGCCUCUUCUCCUCCCCGCUCGUCUGCGUCCAACCUCGCCUGAAGACUUUAAUCAUUUAAUGGAAAUUCAGAUUAUUUUCCCCCCCUACAUUAAAUGCACAAUUUUCAGGGAAGUUCCUUUCCUAAUGACAAAGUUUUCCUGACUUUUCGCUCGACAUGCUCACACAGCGAUUUGGAAAUGAUCCCCUUGUAUGAUUUGAACUCUUUGUGUUUGCAUUCAGGAGUGUAAAUACUGUACAGACACAUCCACCACUGCCUCAGAGAACAGAUAUUAAUGACUAAACACUACGUGAAUCCCACCAGAUCAAGUGUUGCACUGCACUCAGACUAAGUAGAUGACUUUUUUUUUUAAAAUAGGGAAAAGGGCUGCCUCUAUUUUGCUUUCUUUCAUUCCAUGGAUAGUAGGACACAAUCUGCCCUGUUAGACUGCUGUUAAACGAUGUGCUUACAGUUGGUUUUUUUUUAAAUUUGGUCUGUCGGAGUUGGAAAUGUUAAAGGCUCAUAACACAACCAGCUGCUUCAGAUGUGGAUCCUCCUGUGAGAUUUUCAAAAGUGUUAUUCUCAUCCAGAAACUGUGAGUUAAUGACAGGGCCGGCAGGGAGGCAGCAGGAAGCUCCCGACCACAAGAAGACGGUGUGUAAAUGUCGGCUAGAUUCCGACUUUAUUCCUGACCUCACGUGCUGAGUCACCAUAUGAGACCCAGAUGUCGAUCCUCUCUGUGUUUAUUUUCAGCCCAUUCCGACCGUCCUGAGUGUUAGACAGACAGAAACAGACCCAGAGGAGUGAGAUUGUUGGUUAAGAGGAUUUUUGUUUCUGAAAAUAACACACUGGUGGUUUUGCAUGUUUUGGCCCAUUGAUGACAAAUCAGGCAGAGUUUAUGUCAUGAGUCAGCCAUCUUUAUUUCGUUAAGAAAAUCCAAUUUACAGAUUGAAAGUUGCUUCAUAUUGGUAUUCCAACAGUCAGUUACCUUUGAUAUUUUCUUUUCCAUUGUGUCGUAAUGUUGUUACAAGCAAAACUGGACACAUUGAUGUGUUCCAGGAAAACUGGAAAUCCCAAAUUUCAAAGCCAACUCUCAAUUUUAAAGCCUCCAGAUCCCAAAAGGCUCCACUUUCAACUUUAAUCUACAAAGUCAGUGAGUAUUAAUAUUUGUUUCGGUGAUCCGAGCACAAGUGGACAGCCAAGACACAUCGCAUUCAUUGUGUCACCAAUAUGACCACCAUGGCCAGCAUCCUUUUCGGAGACGCGUCAGGACGCAUUUCCACUACAAAAGACGUGGAUAGAUUUGUCCCAGACCACCUCAGCAAGUGAUUUGCGUGAGCGGCUUACAAUGCGCCUUGGGGUUGUUUAGUAUUAAGCAAUGUCCAUUUGUGAUUGGAUAAUCCAAGACGCACUUUGAUACAAAGAAUAAACAGGCUCAGUGUGUCUGAUGCCAGAUGCUGAUGAUGCUUAGCUUUUUAUCCGUAACAAUUAGGACUGCAAGUUAUUUUCAAAGUGCAUUAAUCUGUUAUUUUUGGUCAUUUAACCAUUUGGUAUAAAAAAUGUUGGAUGAUAUUGGAAAAAUGUACCACUCACAAUGUGACACCUUCAAGUUUUGUCUGACCAACUGUCCAAAACAAAGAUAUUCAGUUUAUAAUUAUUUAAAAAUCUUCAUAUUUGAGAAGCUUGAAAAAGAGAAUGUUUGACAUUUUUGCUUGAAAAUGUUAAUUAUCAAAAUAGUUAAUAGUUUUCCUUUUCUGUCGCUCCACUCAGAUUGUUUAUUCACGACAGUCACAAGUGUCUACACACGUCCAAAUGCAAUGUAAAGUCACUAGUUUCACCAUGUCACCACCAUGUUUCUUGGAGUUUUGAGCUUUAAAGGCCAUUUCCAAAUCUGACUUCUGUAUAACGUUGCAGCAAAGCAGUGGUCUGUGAUUGGUCAGUUUUAGUGUCAGUCAAAAGUUCUGGUCGAAGUUGCAGUUUCUUAACCAUGUUAGAAAACCCCAUGGACCAUUAUCCUUUACAGAGUGUCUGUGUUUACUCACUGUGUCUGACGGGAUUUUUCCAACAACAAAGCUCUCUAAUGUAGUGAAUUUUGAAACAGUUGGAUCUCAAAUCUCUCAAAGUUUACCAGGAAGGUGUUUUACAGACCAAAUUAUUAUGUUUGUUUGUAAUAACUUUAAGGUAGAAAACCCUCGCGUCGUGUAUAUGAAAUGAAAAGGUGCUGAGCCUAAAAAAAGGCCCACAUUUUGAACAAUAUCAGUUCAAGUGUGUGUUAUAUAUAGUAUAUUUUUAAUGCUUUACCUUGCCGUCAGACAGCGAUUCCCAACUGGGAACUCAAGCCAUUAUCUCAAAGCCACCAGACUCCACUGACAAAUUAGUAAUUUUACUUCACAGAACACCAGAGUUGCUGGUCUACUGCUGCCUUGAUUGGUUAGUGUGUAAGAUAAAGUGGGGAAAAUAUUCCAAAUAUAGUGUACACUUAAAUUGAUAUUAUUUUUUAGAUUUGUUAAAUUACGUUUUCCUGCAGCUCUGUUCAUCACAGAACAUUGGUUAGCUCCCAUGCCAGUAGAUUGAGGUUACCAAAAAGGCUAGUUAGCAACGUAGCUCAUAAAAUUAGUACAGCAACAUGAUUCUCUUCAUAUAGUCCCUGCUUUACCACACAGCACAAUAUAAGUUGAACAUUUUUGUUGCCUUUUUUUAUUUUGUUAACUGUCAAGCAAGUUUAAAAUCAAUGUACAGUGAUUUUCAGAGUUGACAGGCUUUUAAUAAGUUUUAUUAAAACAGAAAACAUCAGGCUAUAAAUAUGCAAAACCACCAGUUUUACGUGAUCCUUGAUGAUCUAAAUACACCAGUCAGCUGGUGAUCAAUCAAAGUCAACAGGGCUGUGACUCAUUUAGAUGAUGAUUGACUUUCUCUUUGUGUGGAGGAGCUCACCAUGUUGCUCCCAGAUUGUCUGUUUCUGUCCUUUACUACCAAACUAGAACCUGGAAAUGUCUCACUUCCUGCCUGCUGCAGGGUUUUGUCCCAGUAGUGAUGCACGUUGAUUCAAGUAUGCCACAGGUUAUUGCUUGAAGUACAAAAUUUCAGACACGUCAUUGUUUAUCUAAAUUCAUCUGAUUGACCCUCCUCUGGAUUCACUCAGCUGACAGUAUGUAACAGCCUAUUCAGCCAGUCAUGAUGUGAAGAUGUGAGGAAGGUUACAUCGACACUUCAAGCAGAGUAUUAUGGCUGUAAAGAGACUUUUUAAUAAUCAUAAGUAUGAAACCUGUUCAAUAUUUCCUCUCUGUGUGUGUUUCAAAAGCUUCUGAAAUCUGGAUGAUGACGUUUGAUCAUGAAAGUUACUGAUGGUUCAGUCAUUGGUGGUUGGUUGUUGCACCUUUUAACAUCUAAAUCAGUGGCAGGGGUUGUGUGUGUGUGUGGAUGGAUGGAUGGGUGUGUGUGUGUGUGUGUGUGUGUGUGUGUGUUUUCGGAUGCCAGUUGCCAUGUGUGUGUGAGUGCGAGAGAGAAAUGUAUUUAUAUUUUGAUUGUCCUCAAACAGUUUUUAAAAUGACAGAAAAUAAAUGUUGAAUACACCAGC